AUGGAACAUGAUGAAUAUGAAUAUGUGAAGAGCGGAUACGAUAAACGAAACAAAAUAACGUAUUACAAGUGUAAAUAUUCAAAAAAAUAUUUCUGUUCUGCAUCUAUCAAAAAAAUACACGAUGGUUCUAUUAUGUCAAUACGUGAACAUAAUCAUGAUCAAGAUCUGCAGUCCCUGAAGUUAAAACAGUUUAAAGAGAAACUGGUAUUUCAAUCAACCCAGCAAGUUAAACCUUUAACUAUGAUUUAUGAUGAAGAAGCUCGAAAUUUUCCUGAAGCAUCUGCUAUGUAUGCACAGCGUUCUGCAGAAAGUCUAAUGAGAAGAGCAAGAAAAUCUUCUCUGCCACUUAUUCCCGAUACACUUAGGCAAUUAGGAGAUUUGUUUGAACAGGGAAAUUUGAAUCGUUACCAGGUCAAUGAUGAAAUUAUUUAUAAAGGUUGUGUAGAAGAUACCCAUGGAAAUCAUUCUAUCAUAUUUGCUAGUCAAAUCAUGACUAACAAUGCACUCAGUAUUUGUAAACGAGAGCUACAUGCUGAUUGCACAUUCCGGAUUACUCCAUCAAAACCAAAAUCCUACCAACUUUUGGUUCUUCAUGGGAUUGUAAAUAACCAUAGUAUUCCUCUUGUUUAUGUAUUGAUGGAGUCUAAGAAUAAGUCUAGUUAUCAAUCUGUCAUUUCCUUCAUUAAAUCUGAUAUACUACCUAAUUUUCGACCACGAAAAAUAAUGACUGAUUAUGAAAGUAGUUUAAGAACUGCGUUAGUUGAACAAUUUCCUACGGCAAAACCUAUAGGGUGUUGGUUUCAUCACAACCAAGCUGUUUGGAAAAAAAUGAAAACUUUGGGUUAUCUUAAUUUGGUUCAUAAUAAUGAAAACGCCCGUAAUAUUCUUAGACAACUCUUAGUAUUACCCUUACUUCCGGCACAAAAAAUUGUUCAGGGAUUUAGAAUCAUCAAAAGACUUGCAAGAAGGUGUUUAAUAGAAAUGAAUACUCUAUUUGAUUAUUACGAAAGAUUUUGGAUACACAGGGUUGGAGUGGAAAUAAUAUCAGUGUAUGGUCAGGCUAGGAGAACAAACAACCAUAAUGAAUCUUUCCACAACAAACUUCGGUAUUCAUUUGGGGUUGCUCAUCCAAAUAUCUGGGUGUUUUUGAAUAAACUUUGUGAUUUGAUUAAAAACUACAAUAUCGUCAUAAAUCAACUACAAAAUGGUUUAACUCCGACAAGGAAUACAAGAAGUCGUUAUAUUGCCAAUAGUGAUCGGAUUCAAUAUGCCACUAGACAACUUAAUUUAGGUCUUAUAAAUACCAAAGAAUUUUUGAACCAGUGUUCUUAUACAGUGGCUUCUUAUGAAGAAAACCAAAGAUAUUUUGCCUUGAAUAUACAGCAAGCCGAUAACCAGGCAAACGAUACCAGGGACAAUGAAACGCCUCAUCAACAAAAUGAAAGUGUAAAUUUACAACUACAUGUAAUGGACGAAUCAGAGCAUGAACAUUUAGUAUCCGGAGAAAAUUCAGACGAGAGCUUGGAUUUAUUUAUUCCAAGAUCGAGAAGACGGCAACUAUUUGUAAUUGAUGAUUCAGAUGAUUUCCUGCCAACUGCUUAUGAACCCUCAGUUUCAGAAGAAAAUGGAACACAGCAUGCAGAACAAGGAGUAUCUGAAGAAAAUGAACAUCCAGAUUCCAACGACAGCUUGGAUUCAUUUAUUGUAAGACCGAGAAGGCAACUAGUUGUAAUUGAUGAUUCCCUGCCGACUGCUUAUGAUGAUCCACCCAAUACGGAACCCUUAGUGUCAGAAGAAAAUGAAACACAUCAUGAAGAACAAGCUAAUUGGAAUGAAGCUGACUUCAUAAUACCAGAAGAAAUGGAUCUAGAUAUUGUAUUUAUGAUGGAGAUUGAAAAUCGGAGACGUUUAUCUGAACUUGAAAAUUUGCCAUUUGUACAACUUUCUUCUUUAAUUCCAUUGAAUGAAAAUGAAAACGUUGAAAUGUGUGUUGUGUGUGCCGUAAGAGAAAAAACCAUCGCACUAGUGCCAUGUGGACAUAAGUCUAUAUGUGAUGAUUGUGUAAUUCUGCUCGAUCCAAAACGAUGUCCACUAUGCAACACAUAUUUUAUUGAUUAUUUACGCAUUUGGUCAUAA